UCCCUCCUUUCACCUUCGAACAAAAUCUCCCAUCUAAAAUUCCAUUUUUAAUUAUUAUCUGUACAAAAUAUUCAUAUGAUUCCAUAAUUAACAACUUUAUGUAUAUAUGAAUUGAAAAACAACAAGAGCCGGAAAAAAAAAAAAAGUCUACGUAUAUAUGCACGUAUAGUCAGACACAUAUAGAGAUUUCUGGAGGAGUCUCUUCUGGCCAAAUCCAAAUACAAACUUUGUAACAGACUCUCUGAAUUCACACAGAGAGAAAAAAAAAAUAGAAAGUGUGUACGUGUAUGUGUGUAUUUCCUUUUUUUUUUUUUUUUCUUCCUUGCAUACGUGAAGGAUAAAAAGAGAAAGCAAAAAGUGUCCAUUUCCUUUUGCAGUACAGAGAGAAAAGAGUUUAAUUAUUGCACAUUUUAGAGAAAUUAGAGCUAGGAGUUGUAAAAAAAUGGCUUCACAAGGAAGAGAAGGAGGUGGAGGAGUAGCGGUAUUAUGCAGUGGUAAUAGUGCAGUUUCAUCUACAACGGCAUCUUCUAACGGUAACGGAGUUAUGGAAACGGAGAGUAGUACAAAACAGGAUUCUCCUAUUCUGUUUUUCCUGUUUUUUCAUAAGGCAAUUAGGCUGGAACUUGAUGCACUUCACCGUUCGGCGUUAGCGUAUGCUACCGGACAAUUGACAGAUAUAAAGCCGUUGCUUAAACGUUACCGUUUUCUUAGAUCAGUUUAUAAGCACCAUUGCCAUGCUGAGGAUGAGGUGAUCUUUCCAGCUCUUGAUAGACGUGUGAAGAAUGUAGCACAAACAUACUCCUUAGAGCACAAAGGUGAAAGCGAUCUUUUUGAUCACCUUUUUGAGAUCUUAAAUUCUGAGAAGCAGAACUAUGAAAGUUUUCCACGAGAGCUAGCAUCUUGUACUGGGGCAUUGCAAACUUCUGUUAGUCAGCACAUGUCAAAAGAGGAAGAACAGGUGUUUCCUUUGCUCAUUGAGAAAUUCUCAGUGGAUGAGCAGGCAUCACUUGUUUGGCAGUUCCUUUGUAGCAUUCCUGUGAAUAUGAUGAAAAAAUUCCUUCCCUGGCUUUCAUCUUCUAUAUCUCCUGGUGAGCACAAGGAUAUGCAGAAGUGCUUGUCUAUGAUUAUUCCAAAAGAGAAGCUUCUCCAGCAGGUAAUUUUUUCCUGGAUGGAAGGUGGAAAGAGUGUCACUGCAGUUGGUGGGCAUGACAUUGAUGCUGAGCUGCCUUGCUCUGUGGAUUUUAACUCUGUCACAGAAACUUGUGCGUCAGGAAACAUAAAGUGUGUGUGUGAAUCUUCCAGCCCCGGGAAAAGAAAGUUUGGGCUAGAGGGUGAUACCUGUGAUACUGAUUCUGGAAACCCAAUUGAUGAAGUAUUGCAUUGGCAUAAUGCUAUUAAGAGAGAGUUAGAUGAAAUAGCAGCAGAGGCAAGAAGAAUUGAGUUCGCCGGAGAAUUAUCUAGUUUGGCGCCUUUCUAUGCAAGACUUCAGUUUAUAGCUGAAGUCUGCAUAUUUCAUAGCAUUGCUGAGGACAAGGUCAUAUUUCCUGCUGUAGAUGGAGGGCUCUCCUUUUUCCAAGAGCAUGCUGAGGAAGAAAGUCAAUUUAAUGAGCUUCGUUGCCUGAUCGAGAGCAUUCAAAGCACAGAAGUCAAUUCCACCUCAGCUGCUGAAUUUUUCUCCAAAUUAUGUUCUCAGGCUGACUUAAUUAUUGAGACAAUUGAACGACAUUUUCACAAUGAAGAAGUUCAGGUUCUUCCGCUUGCUCGAAAGCAUUUCACCCAGGACAGGCAGAGGAAGCUUUUGUACCAAAGCUUGUGUUUAAUGCCAUUGAAGUUGAUAGAGCGAGUCUUACCCUGGCUAGUGGGAGCACUGUCUGAAGAUGAAGCCAGAAAUUUCUUAAAGAAUUUGCAGCUAGCUGCUUCUGCAGCUGAUACUGCUUUGGUGACCCUAUUAUCUGGUUGGGCAUGUAAAGGACGUGCAGAUGGUGUAUGUUUGUCUUCUAGUGUCACUGGUUGCUGCCCUGUUAAAAGGUUUGCUGACAUUGAAGAAUAUUAUACUCAAGCACCUUGUCCAUGUAUUCUCUCAGUCAAAUCUGAUGAUUCUAAAAGGCCAUUCAAAAGAAACCUUACUGCUCUUUGCACAAAAGAUAAUACAUCGGACUUGUCCAAGGGUGUAAAUGCUUGUAAUAUCUCUUGCAAUGAUCAGUCAUGUCGUGUGCCAGGAUUGGGAGUUAGCGAUAAUAAUCUCGGACUAACUACUAUAUCCACACCAAAAUCUAUUCGUUCGUUGACCUUCAGUUCUGCUGCUCCUUCUCUUGACUCAAGUCUCUUUAUCUGGGAGACAGAUUGUAGCUCUUCUCAACCCAACCAUAAAGUGCUUCCCAUUGACACCAUAUUCAAAUUUCAUAAGGCGAUACAAAAAGAUUUGGAGUAUCUUGAUGUUGAAUCUGGUAAGCUUAGGGACUGUCCUGAGACUUUUCUUCGGCAGUUCAUUGGAAGAUUUCGGUUGCUUUGGGGUUUGUACAGAGCCCACAGUAAUGCAGAGGAUGAGAUAGUUUUCCCUGCACUUGAAUCUAAAGAAGCACUCCACAAUGUGUCUCACUCCUAUAUGUUGGACCAUAAGCAGGAGGAGAAACUGUUUGAAGACAUAUCAUCUGCCCUCACUGAUCUUUCAGAACUUCACGAAGGAUUGAAGGAAGACUACCAGGUUGAAUCUGGCAGGACUAUUGUUGAGUCUACUGGCCUGCAUGAUAGGGAUCGCAAAAGAAAAUAUAACGAGCUUGCCACAAAGGUUCAAGGAAUGUGUAAAUCAAUCAGAGUUAGCCUGGAUCAGCAUAUAUUCAGAGAAGAACUUGAGCUGUGGCCGCUAUUUGGCAAGCAUUUCUCUAUGGAGGAGCAAGACAUAAUUGUUGGUCGUAUAAUUGGAAGCACAGGGGCUGAAGUACUUCAGUCACUGCUGCCUUGGGUAACUUCUGCUCUUACUCAGGAUGAGCAGAAUAAGAUGAUGGACACAUUAAAGCAGGCUACAAGAAACACUAUGUUCAGUGAAUGGCUCAACGAAUGUUGGAGACGAAAUCCUGAUGUAUCUUCACAGCCUGAAGCCUUGCAAAAUAGCAAUACAAACAGAGGUGUUGAUUCUCAUGAAGGAUUGGACCAGAGUGACUGUAUGUUCAAACCCGGUUGGAAAGACAUUUUCCGUAUGAAUCAGACAGAACUUGAGUCAGAGAUCAGAAAAGUUCACAGGAAUUCAACUCUUGAUCCAAGGAGGAAAUCUUAUUUAAUUCAAAAUCUGAUGACUAGCCGUUGGAUAGCCUCUCAGCAGAAAUCACAAGCAUCAACAGAAGAAAUCUCUCGUAGUGAAGAUGUUGUUGAGUGUUCACCGUCCUUUCGAGAUACGGAGAAGCAGAUUUUUGGAUGCGAACACUACAAAAGAAACUGCAAACUUCGUGCAGCUUGCUGUGGAAAAUUGUUUACAUGCAGAUUCUGCCAUGAUGAAGUGAGCGACCAUUCAAUGGACAGGAAAGCGACUAUAGAGAUGAUGUGCAUGCGUUGCUUGAAAGUUCAACCAAUUGGACCCAGCUGCACGACACCAUCAUGCAAUGGAUUUUCCAUGGCAAAAUACUAUUGCAGUAUAUGCAAGUUCUUUGACGACGAGAGGCCAGUAUAUCACUGUCCUUCUUGCAACCUUUGUCGAGUUGGACACGGUCUUGGAAUUGAUUUUUAUCAUUGCAUGAAAUGCAAUUGUUGUCUGGGAAAAAGUUUAAUAGAGCAUAAAUGCUUGGAGAAGGCGUUAGAAACAAAUUGUCCCAUUUGCUGUGAGUUCUUGUUUACUUCCAGUGCAACAGUUAGACCUCUGCCUUGUGGGCAUUACAUGCACUCGGCUUGCUUUCAGGCAUAUGCUCGCAGUAACUACGUUUGCCCGAUAUGCAGCAAAUCCAUGGGUAAUAUGGCGGUUUAUUUUGGAAUGCUCGAUGCACUGCUGGCUAAUGAGGUUCUUCCAGAGGAGUACCAGAAUCGUUGGCAGGACAUCCUUUGCAAUGACUGUGAACGGAAAGGCCGGGCACCCUUCCAUUGGUUAUAUCACAAGUGUGGGUGCUGUGGAUCUUACAACACGAGAGUCAUUAAAGCGCCCACAACAGAUCCUGACUGCCCUCUCUGAAAUGACUGAGUUAGGAAUCUCUCCUCUGUUCAAUGAGCUUUUGCACCUGUAAAUAAUGUACAGAGGACUAAGCUUACUCCCCUAGUGUCAAUAGAUUCAAUACUAUGCAAAAGAGGCAGUAGUUCUUCUAAACAAAUAUGCUUAUUGCGCUAUUAAAAGCUUAUAUAGUGCAGCUAUUUGGAUUUAGUGACAGCUUAAGUUGAGAGGUGGCAAGUUUUGGCGGAAAAAUCAUAGUGGUCUUUGAGUUUUAACCCUGUAUAUAGAGCCUUAGAGAGACAAUAACACCUAAUGUUAAAAGUCUAUAAAUUCGUAUAUAAUAGAUAUCUUUUAAAGUAGUUUUACUCCA